UUGAGCCUCAAUUUUGAUUCGCGACACAGAUAUAUUUUAGGCAAUGCCAAAGAAGUGAAUCUGGCAGUUUCGCCCAUACAUAACACCAGCAUCACAGCACUGCUCAACGACUCCAGCUCAUAGGACGGCGCAUUGAUGCUUGGUUUGAAUCAAGAAAGUCUUGUUGAACAAGUGAAGCGCAGCUCUGGAUUGAAAGAGUGACUCUAAAUUCUUAUCAAUAAUACCCUUUUCCAUGAUGAUCUGUUGUCCUCGGCCUCACACGUCCCCAGCAGCACAUCCCCCGCCCUUGAAAAGUUCGAAAUCCAAGAAGACUUGCUUCGCUCUAGGUUAAUACCUGGGCGUUUGGCUAAAGAGACGGAGGGACAUCUGCGAUUUGUGUGCUCUUGUUUCCCUUGUUCGGUUCGCGCUCGACUGUCAUGACUCAAAAAUUCGACUCCAUCCCUUUCGACAUUUGGCAUGAGAUUGCCUCCUAUCUGGGGCCCGACGACUACGUCAACUUGAGUCUCGUCAACAGGGAAAUGUACGAGCUGUUGAAGGAUGACAUGACAGCCCGAAAAUCUGCUCAGAAGUUUAUGUUCCACAGUGCUGAGUGCAGGUUGGCUGCAAGUGGGCAAAUCAGCUACUGCCAAGCCAUAAGACGGGCGUUUGACGUCCGGGAGGCUGUGGCCAACGCUCAGCCUUACUCUGCAAGCGUUGUCGCGUACGCGGAGAGUUUCCAAUUCAAGCAAGGUGUACUCUGUUACAAAUAUCGCGAUACGCUACGGGUUUUGAACGUCCGUGAUGCGGAUGACACGGAGCAGGUUAUCGACGUCAGAGUGGCGUUUUUUGAAGUUGUUCUCCGCCGAAAACCCCACGAUUCCGGAGAAAGAACCCAGAUCACCCUCCUUCAUUAUUCAGAUGGCAUUGCUUCUUGCUUAUGCAAGUGGGCUGGCCUUGCCUGGCUUGUCGCUUUUGAUGUGCGCCCAACUUUCUCCGAAGUGGGCACGAGUCGCGUCAGAACCAUGCGCCAACUAUACUCAACGGAUGAGCUUUUUGUACGCAACAACGCGUCAUAUCUUUACUACGGAACACAUUCAGGAGAGGUACAAAAUAACCAUUUUGACUAUAGGGAAUGGCUAAUUCACGGAGUGUACCUACCCGAGGACCGUAACCUCACAAAACGGCCUCUUCAGCUUGAAAAUGUCGUAGGGUCCGAGGUCGGAUCCACUAUCUGUUUUGAAAUACGAGAUGACUAUCUCUACGUGGUCUCCAACCAGACAUCACACGAAGAAGAGGAGGUCGACUGGACAUCGUUCUACGUCUGUGUGCGUAUUCCUCUCUCGCAACCAACACAGCCCAUAUGGCGGCGAUGUUGGCGACGCCAGCAUCAAGAAGGGCCCCUGAACGAUUCCUGGACCGACCUGUCCCUGAAAACGGAUGAAGAGACAGGAAAUCUCACCAUCGUUGAAUGUCGGCGAGAAUGGCGAAAUGGCGGCAGUGAAAACUACAGGACGUUUUAUAUGCAACCGAUCGACCGUCCAAGUGCUCAGGCUGAAUGGGAGGCCGAUGAUCUCGACCCGGUGACUGCCAAUUCUCCCCUUCCUGGAGAUGAGCCUCCGAGUCCUGGAUUUCCUUGUUAUAGGCGCGCUGCUGAACUACCAAAUGAUGAUCCAUUGACCCGUACGCUUGACGCUUUUAGUAAACCCAACUAUGUUCCUCCACGGAAACGUGUACGACGGCAAUAUCAUGAUGAAUAUACUUUUGAAGAGAGAACUUCGGAUUCUCGAAAAGAUUUUCCACUAUCGAAAACCAAAUUUUGGACGUACAACCACUCCGCGUCGUCAUUUGUUGACCUCGUUAAUGACCCACGGCCAACAAAAGGAUUCUCUGCACAAGCAGAUCGAUUGCGUCUCCGCAUUGGCUCUCGAAAACGUAAGUGUCCUAUCGACGAACAGGGCGAAGAAGUCGAACGUGGUUCCUUAUACCCCCCAGAAUAUUUCCACGGCUGUGGUGUGCCUGUUAAAUGGUCUGAAGAGCGUUACAAGUCUCGUGGAAUCAAGUUCUGGCCACCAGAUGACGCCCCAGAGGAGCUUCUCCAGCUCCUCUGUCCGCGCACGGCGUCGGGGCGGAUCGAAGCGGCCGCUGAUGAAAGGAUGAUUGUUUACUUAACAAAAGCUUCACAACCGGACGGUCCCAGACAAGUGAUUGUACUGAUUAAUUUCGACCCGACCAUCAGAUUCAAGGGGCUCAAGCGGCUAAGUCAGCCCUCCUUGACAACCACAUCCGAUUCCGGAAACACAAACACGCGAUCUAUCGAGACAGACGCAUUCGCUACAGCUUCUGCGUCCUCCCAGCCCAAAUCCUCUUCCUUCCCAUCUCUUUCCAGAGCAAAAUCCUACUCUACAUCCAGCCGACCAUACUCGCAUGACGCGGUUAAAGGCCCCGCAUGUCGCGGCAAGAAGUUACGCUACACAGAACCACGGUGGUUUACUAUUGAGUCAGCGUCGUAUCACAAUAUGCCUGGAUAUUGGCUUCGUUGA